UUUCUGUCUUGCUCUUUCUCUCACUCUCUCUCGCGCUCCCCUUUCAACUCUCUCUCUAUCCCCCUCUCCCUCUCCCUCUCCCUCUCUCUCACACUCCCUCUCUCUAUCUCCAUUUCUACAGCUGCUGCAUUGUGCAUUGAAACACACUGAAGCAGGCAAUUUCAGUCACUUGAUUAAUUAGGUAGAGAUAGCUAUUUGAACAGAUAAAUUAGGGGGUAUCCGUUUGGCGUGUUGCUUGUUAAGGAGAGGCGAGGGGAGGGGAGCAAGACAACGGGAUCACUGCUGAGGUUUUUUUUUUUUUUAAAUCUCUUUUUUUGUGUGUCUCGGCGUUCGGCAGGGAAGCAUCGACGGCGGACGGCGGCGUGCUUUGACUGAGGAAAGAAAGGGAGACGAGAGACGGAGGGAGAGAGAGAGGAGAGGAGAGAGCCAACGCUGGCAACAGGGAUCUGAGCGCUCGGCUUCUUCACUCUCAGAAAAAAAAGAAAAGAAAGGCUCCUUCCUCCACCGGAGAAAUGGCUUCUGCAUAGGAAUCCGCUCCGUAGCGUCCGGAAAUCUGAGAACCGCGAGCGCGAUGGCGGGCGAGAAGGGCGUGAUGAGGACCAGCGUCUCCAUCGUACCCUGCUUCCUGUGUGUGGAGCUGGUGAUCAUGGCCGGCACGGUGCUCCUGGCUUACUACUUCGAGUACACGGACACUUUCCCCGUCCACAUCCAGGGCUUCUUCUGCCACGACAAAGCCUUCUCCAAGCCCUACCCUGGCCCGGAGGACAACAGCAAAGCCCCUCCGGUCCUGGUCUACUCCCUGGUCACCGCCAUCCCCACCGUCACGAUUCUGGCGGGCGAGCUGUCGUGCUUCUUCAUGAAGGCGGAGGGGGCUCAGGAGAAGACCAUCGUGACGGCAGACUGCUGCUACUUCAACCCCCUGCUGCGCCGAAUCGUUCGUUUCCUCGGAGUCUAUUCUUUUGGCCUCUUCACCACUACGAUAUUUGCUAACGCAGGGCAGGUGGUGACAGGAAACCAGACGCCUCACUUCCUGUCCGCCUGUCGGCCCAACUACACGGCGCUGGGCUGCCACACCGGCGUCCGUUACAUCACCGAGCGCCGAGCCUGCACGGGGAACCCCUUCGUUGUGGCGUCCGCCCGAAAGUCCUUCCCCUCCAAAGACGCGGCCCUCAGCGUCUACUCCGCCGUGUACACCGUGAUGUACGUGACCAUCGUGUUCCGCACGAAGGGCACGCGGCUGACCAAGCCCACGCUGUGCCUGACGCUGCUGUCGCUGGCCGUGCUGGUGGGCGUGGUCCGCGUGGCCGAGUACCGCAACCACUGGUCCGACGUGCUCGCCGGCUUCCUGACCGGCGGCGCCAUCGCCGCCUUUCUGGUGACGUGUGUGAUUAACAACUUCCAGCAGACCCGGCUCCUCCCCCCGCCGGCCCCGCCCCUGCGCCCGGAGCCCGUCCUGAGCAUGCCCAUGAUGCCGCUGCCCUGUGUGGAGAGUCCACUCGAAAAGUUAAGUGGCCCUCAGACUCCGGGAUCUUCGUUCACAGAGAUCACAUGACCAUCAGCCUUACCUGUUCCCCGCCACCCCCGAUGUCCUAAUACCGUCUCGCUCCAUCUCCAGCGAAGUUUAGACCUGCCUCCGGACCACCCCCACCCGUGUGCCAUCCACCCAACCGGGCGACCCCCCCUCAUUCGCUCCUACUCCACCCAGGUCUAGACUUAGCCCCUCCCCCCUUACUGUACAAUCGCACCGUACCACUUGAAUCGCACACACUGUACAUGCCCCCCACAGGCAAGCCCUCCUCUCAGGACUGAGGUGAGCUGCCAUAAUGUACAGGGUUCUUUUUUUUACUGCUUUUAUUUUUCCCCCUCUCAGUUUUUUUUUUAGAAGUCCUGACGUUAAAAAAAAAACCGUGGCAGCAAUCCAUUCAUUCUUGUCUAUUUAAGCACCUUUUCAAGGACAAUCUGAAAUCUUGUCUGAAAAUUUCUGAAAAGGAAAAAGGCAAACACAUCAGCCCCAUAAAUCCAGCUCAACGGGCCAGGUUUUCCUUGUUGUUUCAGUAUUCUCCGCCUUCUACAGGGACACACACCGGGGCAGAGGCAGUCUGCCAGACUGCGAUUCACAUUCCAGACUGGCUCUCCAUUGUCUCUCCUCAAAAUUCUCCUGGUAGAACUGACUCACCGCCCAGCCCACUCCCAGUCCUGGCUUUUGUGUGGUGUGGUAUUCAGUAGCGGUCCCUAAGGCGACGUGUACUUUCUCAAAUAAGUGUUUACUCUACCACCCAGAAGAAACGGGAGCCCUCAAAAAAAAUCUAACCAACCGAAGCUCCCGUUACAGGCUACAGGAAGUGACAUCGCUCCCUGUAACCGACAGAGGUAGUCCGCGAGCCCAGUCAGCCCUAUCACACGGGGCCAGUCCCUCCUGCUCCCGCCCCCUUUCCCUUCGGUCCACACGUACCAACGUACACCACCCUCUCCGCCUUGGCGCGUCCACAAGGAAUGAACCUGCGGGCGAAAAUCGGUCUGAAGAUCGGUCAGACUCACACCAGCUCUCCAAAGCCUCAGCCCGCGACGGGCCUCAGCUCACAAACGUCUCGCUCCUUCGUGAGAAUCAGAGCAGGCGGGAGGCGCAGCCAGAGUCCCCCGCUGCCGUACAGAGGAGCAGGGAGGAGCAGGGAGGAGCAGGGAGGACCUCAGGGCCGUGGGUGCGGAGGGAGGCCCGGGCCCCUGUCGCCUGCACACUUGGGCGCCCUCUGCACGUCCGGAACGCCGUCUGACUCCGAGGCUAGAAUGCUGAACUCAUUCAGUCUGCCGGUCCAGCAGGCUUUUACAUCGCACAGCUCUCUCAACUAAUCUGCUUAUUUACAUUUUUAAAGCGGAUUAGUUGUCGCUGGGGUCGGCCGAUGAGCUGCGGGCGUGUCAGAGCGUAACGGAACAAUGGAAAUAUCCGCAGCUAGGCUACGUUCUCGUGUGCUAAACGGUGGGCACUUAGGCCGGGCGACAAUGCCGCCCCUGGCCGAGGCCUCUGUGUGGCAAGGUUUUGGUUAAGUUGCGUUCUCGCGUAGGCCGGUGCCGACUCACCUGCGUGAGUUCUAGAAAACUCUUUCUGCUUAGUUCCACUCAAAGAAACGCAGACCAAAUCAGCAGAUUCCCAAGACUCAUCUGGCAGUCACUCAGAGACUUGUACAAAUCAAUCUUUUCACAUUGCUCAGGAACAAAAAUAAAUGAAUAUGAAAGGGAAUUCAACUGCUGACACUCAUUACUCCAUUUCUUUGACUGUUGGAGGCAGG